UCAUCAUCAUCAUCAUCAUUUUCUAAUCAUUCAUCUCUGCUACAUGCUUUAUCCAAGAUCUCACAAUAUGGCUAGCUGUGCACGAAAGUAUUUCUCUUUCCCAGCCAUGUUUGUUCUACUCAUCUCAGUUUCACUGUCAAAAGCUGCACUUGAUGCCCAUUAUUAUGAUCAAACUUGCCCACAAGCUGAGAAAAUUAUUGCAGAAGCAGUUCGAGAUGCUUCGGCUCAUGACUCCAAAGUCCCCCCUCGCAUCCUUAGGAUGUUUUUCCAUGAUUGUUUCAUAAGAGGAUGUGAUGCAUCGGUUUUGCUGGACUCCUCGACAGGAAACCAAGCAGAGAAAGAUGGCCCUCCAAAUAUCUCAGUUCGAUCAUUCUACGUGAUCGACAAUGCCAAAGCUAAACUCGAAAUGGCAUGUCCUGGCACAGUUUCUUGUGCUGACAUACUUGCCAUUGCGGCAAGAGACGUAGUAGCUAUGUCUGGAGGUCCAAACUGGAAUGUGCUUAAAGGAAGGAAAGAUGGGAGAGUGUCGAAAGCUUCAGACACCAUCACCUUACCAGCUCCAUUCUUCAAUGUAACUCAGCUCAUUCAGAGCUUUGCCCAGAGGGGUUUGGGAGUAAAGGACUUGGUUGCUCUCUCGGGUGGCCACACUCUGGGCUUUUCCCAUUGCUCUUCCUUCGAAGCUCGUCUUCAUAAAUUUAGUUCAGCGCAUGAUGUCAACCCCAGCAUGGACGAUGAGUUUGCAGAAGAGCUAAAGAAGAAAUGCCCAAAACCAAAUAGAGAUCACGGUGCUGGACAGUUCUUGGACUUGACACCGGCAACUUUUGACAAUGGCUAUUAUGCUGGAGUAGUUGCAGGAAAAGGAGUCUUUGGAUCGGAUCAAGCACUCUUUGGAGACUACAGGACCAAAUGGAUUGUUGAGUCAUUUGCCGGAGAUCAGGGUUUGUUCUUCAGAGAGUUUGCAGCUUCAAUGGUGAGGCUUGGAAAUGUUGGGGUGCUAGAAGAUGGAGAAGUCAGACUGAAAUGCCGAGCAGUAAAUUGAGAGAGAGAGAGAGAGAGAGAGAGAGAGAGAGAGAGAGAGAGAACUGAAUAAGUGAAUAACCCAUUUAUUUAGAAAGGAAAAGAGAGUACAAGUAAAAUAAGCAUUUUGUGCAUUUGCUCGGCUAAUAAGAAUUGUAGAACAUCAAUAGCGUUCAACAUACAGUUACUUGCCAGCACUACUUUAAUGUACACCUGGAAGGAUUUUUUUUUUUUUUUUUAUUUAAUGCCUGUUUUCUAUGAUUUUUUACUUUAAGGUGUGCUUUUAGUUCCCCAAAUAUGAAAUGUCCCUUUGAAUAACAUAUUUCAAGAAUUUUAUUUU